GGAUCUGGACAGAUGCGAGCGCUAGUCUUGGACCUAUUUUGUUAUUGUGCGAACUGGCCCCUGCCUCUAGGGUGUGGGUUGGCUGUUUAGGGUUCUAGUUUCUUCGUCAUUUGCCUGAGUUUCAGUUGAUCUUGACGCAUAUUAGAUUCUAUUGAGGCUAGCGCCUUAAUUUCUUGCUUAUUGCUCUUGCUCGCCCUUUAGUCUUGGUACGGCGAACCUUUGGAGCAAUCAUUCGCCAUGUCUACGGCACUCAAGGCUUUCAUCAACAGCCCUGUCGGCCCCAAGACCACCCAUUUUUGGGGCCCCGUUGCAAACUGGGGUUUCGUCAUUGCGGGUUUGGUUGACAUGAACAAACCUCCUGAAAUGAUAUCUGGCAAUAUGACAGCAGCCAUGUGCGUGUAUUCAGGCCUCUUUAUGAGGUUCGCAUGGAUGGUACAGCCACGGAACUACUUGCUUCUGGCAUGCCAUGCCUCCAAUGAAUCAGUCCAGCUCUACCAGUUAUCUCGGUGGGCCAGGGCCCAGGGGUACCUGGAGAAGAAAGAACCAGAGGCUCAGCAAUGAAAAGAGUGGAGUGUAUAGGCCUGCAUUCACCUUCUCAGUAACAAUAAGAGUGAUCUGCCGCUGCAGUUUUGAAUCCUCACUCUGGCAGACAAAUCCCAGAAAAACAACCUCUUCUAUAGUUAUACUAAUGCCAUAUGCAGUGUUACAGUGCUAUUGCAGAAUCUCACUGCACUUGUGAUCAGAAGAGUUGGUGUCUCGUUUUGCUUUUUCUGAUUUGAUGGCUGUAAAAACACACAUCACAUGUGUUUGAAAAUGGUGAUCUCAGUUUCUGUACCCUCAUGGCUGUUCGCCACUCCUUCCCUGCAGCCCAGACAGACCACAUACAUAUCCAUAUAUAAUAAUAAGUGAUGAGUUUUGCUGUCAGACAGUUCAA